GUCAUAUCAAUAUAUCAUCAUCCUACACUUUCACAUGCACAAAAGGUAAACCAUUCAUCAAAAUUCCUACCCUUUUCUACCUUCUUCCUCCCACAUUCUCUCCAAAAAGCAAAACCAGAUCACACACUUCUUCCCCAAUGGCAUUUUUUGCCAUUUUCAACCCUUGUGUGUCUGUUUUAAUAUCAGUCAUAUCCUUCAACUUUCUGUUGUUAGCUUCAUCAGUAAGACCAGUUCAUCCUAUCAUCACCAACCCUCACCACAGGCAGCCGAUUCAUCGAUCCAACCACUCGCAAUGUGCUCUGUUCAUGGGCUCAUGGGUCCGCGACGAAACCUACCCAAUAUACCAAGCUUCUUCCUGCCCACGCAUUAUCGAUCCAGAGUUCAACUGCCAAAUGUAUGGCCGACCCGACUCCAACUACCUCAAGUAUCGGUGGAAACCCGCCAAUUGUGAACUACCCAGAUUCAAUGGGCUGGAGUUUCUGUUGAGGAUGAGAGGGAAAACUGUGAUGUUUGUUGGAGAUUCACUGGGUAGGAACCAAUGGGAGUCGUUGAUAUGUAUGACGUGGUCCGCGGUGCAACGGUCCGCAACCGAGUUGAUCACCCGGGAUCCUCUCUACACAUUUAAGUUUUUGGAUUAUGGGGUGGAUUUGUCAUUUUACCGGGCACCGUAUUUGGUGGAUGUCGACGCUGUGGAUGGCCGGAGGGUGCUUAAAUUGGAGGACAUUUCGAAGAAUGCACGGGCGUGGAUGGCUGCUGAUGUUUUGAUGUUUAAUACCGGUCACUGGUGGACUCAUAAAGGCUCCCUUAAAGGGUGGGACAUGAUGGAGUCAGGUGGGUCUCUUCAUGAGGAAAUGGAUCGGUUGGUUGCACUGAACACAGGCCUUAAAACAUGGGCCCGAUGGGCUGAUUCUCAUGUUGAAUCCACUAACACCCGAAUAUUCUUCCAAUCCGUUUCUCCUACUCACUACAACCCAUCAGAAUGGAGUGCCGGUGCCACCAGCAUCGGAAAAAGCUGUUACGGUGAGACAAGUCCGAUGAGCGGUUCCGCCUACCCCGGGAUCUACCCGGGCCAAAUGAAGGUCAUUGACAUGGUGAUCAGGGAAAUGCGACAUCCAGCAUACAUACUCGAUAUUACAACCCUGUCGGCAAUGAGAAAAGACGCACACCCGUCAAUCUACACGGGUGAUUUGAGCCCGGGUCAACGGGCUCACCCGGACCACUCGGCGGAUUGUAGCCAUUGGUGUCUUCCUGGCUUGCCUGAUACAUGGAACCAGCUUUUUUAUACUGCUUUGUUGUUUUAGCAUUAUAUGUAUAGGCAGUUUAAGAAAUUGUAUAAUAGUAAUUUUUUUUUUCUGGGAUGAAUUAAGGUUAUGGUUUUUAGGACA